CUACUCAUCACUGCUUCAUCCAGGCUUCAUCGAUAUUUUCCGACGAACCUCUACCACAUUCUCCUCCAUGGCGGACACCAGGCCUGGGGGUUGACGUACAGAUGCAUACAUACUAUCUCGCGGCCACGUAUCAGGCAUAUGCUCACACCAGAGCUAGACCACGCAUAUAUCGUCCACUCACAAUGUUGUCAUAUCAGACAGUCGCAACGACCCGGCCUUUGGCCCCGUAUUUGAAUCAAAGGAAAACAUGGUGGCUUCGUACCCGAGCAUACGAGGCAUGGUUGAGUACUAUGCUGUCGAUGUUCGCUGCGUGGUUUCCACGCAGGCGAAGCGGAAGCCAUGAGCAGGCGGACCAGAGAUUGCAUUGUUGUUGUUGUUGUUGUUUGCUACUCGCACAAGCCACACGCAUGUAUGGCUCUAGCUAUCCUGGCAUAUCGUAUCUACAUCGGUGCCGAAUCAUCUUUUCGCGUUCUGUUCAAGUUGCACCUGCACCAACUCUGAAGAUAACCAAGCCUUCGUGAUUUCGUCAUUCGGUCACGCGAGAUGUCUCUGCUGCAUCGUCGCUGGCCGUGUGCGACAUGGUCGCGCAACGAAGUUUAUGCUAGGCCACUCACGAUUCCGCUGUCGAGUUUAGCAUGUGAAAUAGGGUUCCUCCUAGAUAUACGAGGACAUGUUCCUGUGCAGUCUGUUAGACUACACUGUUGAUCUGUUUAUCGGUGUCUACGUAUUCUGCACUUCUGCCGGAUGCGUUCGCGAGGAAUGCCUUGAUGGCAAAUCUUAUCCACCCUGCUCUACCACGGACUCACUCAAUUUCAUCUUCCAGACAAGACGUUCAAUCUCUUACAGAAAGCACAUCGGGUCAUCCCUCCGCCAAAUGCACUGCGGUAACAUGUGUGUUGCCAUUCUUGCAGUGCUAUGAUAGGCAGUGAGCGAUACGCUUGUUCGUAUUGCGCCUUUGGAUAGGACAUCUGUCCUGCCGCCUAAUUUUUGGACACCCCCUUCUUCUUCGUGAAGAGUUUUCUAGUCUGUACGAGUAGCGAUAGUGCAGUAAUUCAGAUGUUAUAUUCAAACGUACUGCUGUCCUUGG